GGCUGGUCUCGGUGCUGGUGCCGCUCUACGUGGGGGAGGUGGCGCCGCUGCGGCUGCGGGGGGCGCUGGGGACGCUGCACCAGCUCGGCAUCGUCCUGGGCAUCCUGCUGGCGCAGGUGGGCGGGGCCAGAGGGGUGGGCGGGGCUUCCCCGCCCCCUCUCUCCCCAGGCCUCUCGCGAUUGGCCGGCCCGGCGGCGGAGGCGGGGCUGGCGGCGCUGGAGGCGGAGCUUGACCAAGGCCCCGCCCCCAAGGUGGGGCUGCUGGAGCUGUGCCGGAGCCGGCGCUACCGGCAGCCGCUGAUCGUCACCCUGGGGCUGCAGCUGGCGCAGCAGCUCUCGGGGAUAAACGCGAUUUUCUACUAUUCGACGUCCAUCUUUGAGGGGGCGGGGCUUCAGGACCCGGCUGUCGGCACCAUCGGAACGGGCGUGGUCAACGUGGCGGCCACCGCCCUGUCGGUGGUGCUGGUGGAGCGGGCGGGGCGCCGCGUGCUGCAGCUCGUGGGGCUGCUGGGGAUGAUGGCGUGCGCCGUGACCCUGGGGCUGGCGCUCAAGGUGAGCACGGGGGGACCCCAAAAUGUCCUG